GCGCAAUCCAAAGUCUGGAGGCGGCCAGUUUGGAUUUAUGACGUGUGAUUUAUCACGAGAUUAAUUUUGAAGUUCCCAUGAAUCUAAUGGUCUAAAGAUAGUUUUAGUUGGUGUGUCAAUACCAACAUCUUGUUUCAAUAAAAAAUCAAUCUUCUUCAACGGAUUUCUUUGCCGUCCUUGUUGUUUUUUCCUUCGCGCCACCCGCCCCGGCCAUUCAACUAACCAAUGUCAUCUACUGCUACCUCCGUAGUUCCAAACAUUUUUUACCAUUUGCCUAAACCUAUUACACAGAAUUUUCAGCAUUUCGGUCCAGGAGCCAAUGGUGGUGGUUCAAUGCUGGAAUUCAACACUCAGUCGUCGUUGUCAUCAACGUCAGCGAGUGAUUAUGCGUCGAAAACAGGCUGUUAUACUACAAAAACUGAUUCUUCUUCUUCUUCAAUAUCCACAUCGAAAUUAGUCUCAUAUAACCUGGAUGCUGCUCUACGCCUAUCCUUAAAGUCAUCAUCCUCGACAGUUCCGUCGAACAGCAGUAGUCAUAUAUCGGGCUCUACAGCUAGUACUAGUACAGAGAAGAAAUUACCUCAACGACCCUUAUCUUUUCAUGAAUCAUCUGCUCCCCCAUUGGAUUCGUUAAUCAGGCAGAAAAUUCAAAGUUUGCCGAGAUCUUUAAUUUUAACUGAUUCGAAGGAGGAAGAUAAAAAAGGCAGAGAAGGAGAAAGUAAACCCACUGAAAAAUAUACCCAAGAAAGUAAACUUUUGUGUACCGAUGAAGAACUUGAUCAUCUAUGCCGUACCGGUGCUCAGUAUAUUCCAAGAAGAGCUUUAGGCUUUGGAAAUUCUGGCAAUACAUGUUAUUUGAAUUCUGUUCUACAAUGUAUUUUAGCCACAGGUCCUUUAUUGGCUUAUAUUCAUUCAAAACAUUCAAAUAGUAACAAUUGUCCAAUUACUAGUACCGCUAAUUAUAAUCGAUCUACUCUGCCUAAUGUGAAUAAAUCACGUUUUUGUGUCCUGUGUGGAUUAGCCCGUCUUCUGAGUGAACAUCGUUCACAAAGCGGUGGUCAUACAGUCCCAUCGUAUUUUGUAACCAAUGUUCGAGCUGUUUGUCCAAGUCUUCGUCCAUAUCAACAAGAAGAUGCACAUGAAUUUCUGCUGGGAUUAUUAUCACGUAUGGAAGAUGGUGCAAUGGCAGGUUUAGGAAAAAUUCCGCGUAAAAUAUCAGAGACAAAUGUUAUUAGACGAAUAUUUGGCGGUGUUAUGCGCUCAGAAGUGACAUGCCAUUCUUGUCAUAAAGUUUCAGCACGAGAUGAACAAUGGUUUAAUCUGUCUAUGGAUAUAACAUGCGCACGUAGUUUACAGCAAUGCUUAUACAAUUAUAUUCGUAGUGAAGAAUUAUCUGGUCAAAAUGCCUACAAGUGUGAAAAUUGUCGUCAACUUCGUCCAGCUAUGCGUAGAUCUACAGUGUACCGUGCUCCACCAAUCCUCAUCAUUCAAUUUAAUCGAUUUUCACGUCAUCAAAAACUUGAUAUGCGUGUCGACUUUCCAUCAUCGUUUAACCUACGUCCAUUUAUGACACAAUCGAAAGGAUCACCUGUCUUGUAUAAAUUAUAUGCUACCGUGAAUCAUGAAGGCUAUAGUUGUCGUAGUGGACAUUAUGUCUCUUUUACACAACGUCAUGGUCAAUGGUUAUCGCAUAAUGAUAGCUUUAUCUCAACAACCAGUCUCGAUCAUGUAUCGCGUCAGUAUCCUUAUCUACUUUUCUAUGAAAUGAUUCGCAAUCCGGCAAACAGUACACCUAAUGGGAUGACAACAACGCCAGCGCCAUCGACAACCACCUCCACAACAACAACGACAUCAUCAAGUCAAAAGUUAUCCUCAAAUAAUACCUUAUUAUCGCAAAUACAACAACAACAGAAACAAAAAUCGAUUGUUAUUAAGACCUUUAGUUCUCCUACGACUACCACCACAACCACCACCACUCUGACAACUCGCCCACCACUGCCAACCACCUCCACAUCAUCAUUAGUACCCUCUAUGACAUUGAUAACAGCACCUACUACUACUACUACUACUAUUACAUCGGCGAAUUUAGCGUCGCUGUCACGUAUUCAAACAACUAAUGCACUUUCGAAUUCUAAUGUCAAUCUUCCCUCUACACCGUCGUGGUCUUCAUCUCUGUCGUCGGCGUCAUCCUCGUCAAGCGUACCAAAAAUUGUUUUCAAUCCUAAAAUUUCAUUGAAUAAAUUUAAGAUUAUACCUUCACCGGCUGUUUCGUUAACACCGUCAACAUCAUCAUCAACAAUAACAACAUCAACAACAGCAACAACAGCUAACAGUCUUGUCAAUUCACCAUCCUAUUCAUCAAAGUCUAAAAGUUAUCAAGAUUCAAUGAAUUGUAAUAAUAAUAAUAACUGCAACAAAAGCAGCUCAAAUAUUUCAACAAUACCAUUACCAAGUGCUUUUACCGCGAAUUCAACUAUUGCUGCUUCCGUUACUACUACUACUUCGUCUACAGUACCUGUGUCUGUAUCUUUAUCCAGUUCUACUGUUCGACAGUUACUUUAUGGAAAGGAGAAUCAACCAGAGUUAUGGAGUGAACGACCGACGCCAUUACAGUCAACUGUCACAUCAUCAUUUGGUGAAACUAAACAUCAAAACCACCACUACAACAACCAGCACUCCACCACUGAUAGUAGUCGUUCUUCUUUAUCAAGUAGUAACAAUCCCUGCAGGCAAAUUGACAAUCAUCAUCGAAGUGUCAAUGAGACAAAGGUGGCGAAAAUAGACUGUUCUGCUCAACGACUGUCUACUGUUGUCCCCCAUACUACUGAUUCACGUAGCGGUGAAACACACAAACACACACGUCCAUUGGUCGAUUAUCAAGAUGAGAAAUCUGAUAAUGAUUCAUCAUCAGAGAAGGCAGCAACACUGUUGUCUCCACCAUCUAAACGAAGAUAUAAGUCGUCGUCGUCUAGCAGUGAUUCUGAUUCUGGUAUUGUAUGGAUCCCGUUAAAUGCUUAUCAUGAAAAAAAGCCGAGAAUCAGUGAUAGCAUUAAAUCGUUGUCGUCAUCCUCUGAUUGGCAUAGUAAACACACUGGUGGCGGCGGAAGUGGCGCUGGAAGCAAUCACAACAACAACAACAACAGCAGCAAUAACAGUAAACGUCAUAAGAAAAAGCAUAAAAGUCAUUCGUCAAAGCAUAGUUCACAUUCACGCUAUGACGAUGAUGAGAAUGAUUCUGGUGUUUCAAGACAUCAUACCGGUGGCGGUGAUCACCAUCAUCGACGUUUUGAACGCAGUCGAAGUCGACAUCGUGAUAAUAAUAAACAUCGCCAUCAUCAUCAUCACGAUGAUGAUCGUCGUGACAGUAUGAAUUAUAGACGACGUGAUUCUUUAGAUUCAAGAUAUGAUCGGCGGCAUUCUCAUCAUAACAAACACCAUAAACGAUCACAUGAAAAUGCUGGAUAUAGGUGAGAUAAGCGAACUACAUGUCCUUCUCUCUUCCCUUCUCAUUACAUGUUGUCCCGCUGAAAUAAACGAUGAUAAGAAAGAAGGAAAGGCGUAUCAGGUGCCCCAUAGUGUAUGCGUGUGUGUGUGUGUGUGUGUGUGUGCGAAGAAGAAAAUGCAGUGUUCUCGUUCAAUCCAUCAUCGCCUAUACUUUCACGCAUUCAGUUAGUCUUCGUUCACCCAUACUGCUGUCGCUAAUCCCACUGAUUGUUUUGUCUUUUUUCUUUCUCUUCUAAUUGUUGUAUCUACCUUCGUUAGUCACACACACAUCAUCGGUGUUUCUUAAACCCAUCUAUCAGCCCGCCAGGCAUCCGUCCAUCCACGUAUUCUCUUCAUGGGGGGGGGUUGCUUGGAAGUGUAGUAGUCAGUGUACAGUUGAGUUUCUAGUCUCUUUUUCCUUUCUUUUAAAGACACUUAUUCCCAUUUGUUUUAAAUAGCUUUUUUUCUAAAUAUUAUUUUCACUAAAGAAGUAUACUAACUGUGAGAUCGAUACAUGUGUGAGUAGUUUUCGCUGUGUGUGUGUGUGUUUGUGUAUUGUGGAGAAAUGGGUGUUACAGGGGGAGUCAAGCAUGCAUAGUUCAAGUGAUGCAGUACAUUUUAAUUUAGUUUUUUUUAUAUACUGUCUUGUUUUCAUCACCGUGACUUCUUGAAAUUAGAGAAAAAAAAUGCGGUUCUUUAUUACCAAUCUUCUGUUGUUGUGUUGUUGGUUAAUGUUACCGCUGUGUAGCACCAUCGGUUGUAUUCUUUCACUAUUAAUACUAUUGUUAUUACAGUUUAAUUUGUUUUAAUUUUCAAUCAUGUCUUCUGUAGUUAUUACUAUGUGGGUGUGUGUGUGUGUCAGGGUGGGAUUCUCGGUGUGUCAUAAGUGUAAAAUCGACUACUGCGUAGGGUGUGGAAUGGUUGAGCAAUGUUGGCCACUUGAGUCCUUAUUUUACCUGACAUACAUUCAUGGUCGAUACCGGACAUCAUGUUACGUGAACAUGUAGGCUUAUCUCUCAAGGAAUGGACCGCACUUCCGACUGACUGGUUUUGGCGUAGAACUUUGCGCGGGUGUGUAGCAAUCCGGGUCACCACACUAUGUAGUACACAAAGCAAGGGAAGACGCCACUAUUCUCUGUCUGUGUUGGUUGGCAGCUCGACAGGUUGCUGUUAGCUCGACGUUCUUUAUGUAAAUUUAUAUGGAAAUAUAAAUUAUUAUUAUUAUAUGUCGCAGUAAUCUAUCACAAGUGCCUGAAUGGGUCGCUGACAUUGGUCCUCCAGAUGUAACUGAGGU